UUGCGCGACCAAUAAGGAAAUGACCUAUGGUUGCAAUGGAGUUGACGCAGCUCCAAGUCUCGGCUUGGAGAUUUUAGUUUGUAUCGAAGUUUUCCUGAACAAGUGUCAUCUGGACGCAUCUACAAUACUUAGAUAUUAUUAUUUACUUGCAGUCACUCGGGUGGUAGCAUAAACUAAGGUUAACGAGGUCUUUCGUUAGGUACGUGACUGCUGAAGGAGAAACCAUCCACGUUUUGCGAUAUUGAUGAAGUGUUCAAGUGUCUCCAGGAUGAGGUCCAUUACCUGCUUCAACAUAUGGUAUUUUCUGUGCUUGGGCUUGGGUCUGGCCUGCGUGGCGUGUGUGUGUUUCUGGAACAGCCAGUGGCGUGGUGGUUUCGCCUGGGACGGCUCUUCCCGUCAGUUCAACUGGCACCCGGUCCUGAUGGUAACUGGUAUGCUGGUGUUGUACGGCAAUGGAGCUGUGUUGUACCGUGUCCCCUUGACGUGGGGAGAGAAUAAACUUCCUUGGAAAUUGCUGCAUGCUGCACUGAUGCUCCUCGCGCUGAUACUUUCAGUUAUUGGACUUUGUGCUGUGUUCGGCAAUCACAAUGCCUCAAACAUCCCCAAUUUGUACUCCCUGCACAGCUGGAUUGGAAUCAUCACCACAGUUCUUUUUGCUGCACAGUGGGCUGCAGGGAUGGCCGUCUUCCUCCUUCCCUGGUCCCCUGAUUCAUUGCGCAAACUCCUGAAACCCCAACAUGUCUGGAUGGGAGGCAGCUUAAUGACACUUGGCAUUGGGGCCUGUAUUUCAGGCAUUAACGAAAAACUCUUCUUUGUCCUGAAGGGAAAUACCAGUGGGUCUCAGCCGUAUUCUCAACUUCCCACUGAGGCCUUGUUGGGAAAUUCAUUAGGAGUCUUGAUGAUAGCUUUUGGUUUAGUUGUCCUUAAGAUUUUGUCCACUCGUGAGUGGCAAAAGCCAGAAAGCCAGCCUGCAGACAUCACCUACACGCCUUUGCUUCAAGAAGGAAGUUAAUCAUGGAAAUUGCUCUCCAUCAUUGUCAAAGCCAGAUUGGACAAUUCAACGGAACCAAAGAUGACGUU